AUGUCUGCGUCGGUGUUGCUGCUCAAGGCAGCGGACGAAAAGUACAAGGCUGCUUUGGAGCAGAGCCCCGACACGGGAUCUUCUCGACGGCAGUUGAAAGCGCAUUUCACGGAUGUGUUGACGUUUGAGUACCUCAAUGCGGAGCUGCUACUGGACGUGCUGACCCACCUGGACCGCUACUGCGGCAUCAUGAUCACUAGUCCGCGCAGCGCAAUUGCUGUGUGCAACGUAGUUAGUGCGCUAGAUGCGGAGCUGAAGAAGGAGGUGCUGGAGAAGCUGCGAGCUAAGCCCGUGUUCUCUGUUGGUGAAGCCACGUCACGCGAGCUGCAGCCUCUCGAAGUGGUCUGCAAAGGCGACGACGCAGGCUCGGCCGAUUUGCUGUCCGCGUACUUACAUCAGGACGGCGUCUUACCUGCGGACUGCGAGGAGAAGCCUAUGAUGUUUCUGUGUGGCGACAAACGCCGUGAUGUCCUCCCCGAUAGCUUCCGUUCUCGAGGUCUCCCGCUUGAAGAGCUGGUCGUGUAUCAGACUUGCGCCGUGCAGACUGUCGAGUUCCCUGCAGAGUGUAAGGUGCCGGACUGGAUCGUACUCUUCAGUCCUAGUGGACUGAAAGUGGUCAAGGACCUGGAUCUGCCAUGGGGGUCUAUUCGCAAGGCUGCAAUCGGUAAGACGACUGCUGCUGCGCUGCACGAACACGCAUUUGCUACAGAACAACCAUUCUGGGAAGCGGACGUAAUUGCGCCGAAGCCCAAGCCCGACUCCCUCGCUAACGCUAUCUUCGCCUUCGAAGAAGAAAACAAGCCGUGACGCGGCAGAAUAACACCUGUAAAACCUGCCAUCACGUCCAGAAUUCAGCAGCUACCACGACAAACUUAACAUUGUUGACGAUGCUCAUUGUAGAUUUAGCAUUGUCGACUUCGAACCCACUUUCGGUGGAUAUUAUGUCCGUAAUGACCAUCGUCUUCUCUGCUCUUCC